AGCAACCCCGUAGGUCACGAGACUAUUAUUUUGGUGGUGUUGUCAAUAUUUUUACGCUGUUCGUGCGAUUCGUUUCUUUAAAAACGGUUCUUUGUCCUUCACCGAAACAGAGUUACUGGUUGCAACAAACAAGACCGAUCCUUUGCAGUGUUGUUCCUGAUGCCCUGUUAGUUGAUGCCAGUGUGUGCUAUCUAGUAUGGAGACAGACUCUUUACUUGUAGAGUAUAUGGAUCCUAAUGCUGUGACAUAUAGUGGUGUUAGUACCGUGAGCGGCGGCGGCAACUCCAACGGCGCUGUUGGUCGUCGUCGCCCCUCACCGCACCACAGCAGUGAAGACGAGGAAAUGCUUGACAUCGCCAUGGAUGGCAGAGACGACCAAGGCAUCGCCACUGAUGGAGUUGAUCGGUCACAAGGUGAAUAUUUGGACAUGGAACAUCUGUCUACAGGAUCGGCCAACCUCAUGGACACAUUGGAUGACCUCCCUGUGGGGAUUGGUCAGUAUGACGACUUUCACACCAUUGACUGGUUGCGGGACAUCGCCCGCGAUCGCAUGCGACACCGACAUAUUAUCAAGAAGAAACAAGAGGGAUGCUGGGAAAAAGUGAAGGGUGCUCAUGACGCGUGGUCAGGAUGGGUCUGCGUACUUCUUGUUGGAGUCUCAGCCGGUGUGUGUGCCGGUAUCAUUGACAUUGGUGCCACAUGGAUGUCAGACUUAAAAGAAGGAAUCUGUUUCGAGGCUUUCUGGUUCAACAAAGAACAGUGUUGCUGGUCAGACAAGAAUGCCACCUACAUCGAGGAUGGGGACUGUGGACAGUGGUACUCGUGGAGCCGUCUGUUCGGCAUCAGUGAUGGCAAUGCCGGAUCCUACAUCAUCAAGUAUCUGUUGUAUAUACUCUGGGCUUUGGCCUUUGCUGGCAUGGCGGCCAUGUUGGUCCGAGUCUUUGCACCAUACGCAUGUGGCUCUGGUAUUCCUGAGAUCAAGACUAUCCUGAGCGGGUUCAUCAUCCGAGGCUACCUGGGGAAGUGGACGUUGUUGAUCAAGUCCGUGGGGAUGAUGCUGGCAGUGUCUGCUGGGUUGUCGCUGGGGAAGGAAGGCCCCUUCGUCCAUGUUGCCAGUUGCUGUGGCAACAUCUUUUCUUACCUUUUCCCCAAAUAUGGUAGAAAUGAAGCCAAGAAAAGGGAGGUGUUGUCAGCUGCUUCCGCUGCAGGUGUGAGUGUCGCCUUUGGUGCCCCAAUUGGAGGUGUACUCUUCAGUCUGGAAGAGGUCAGUUACUACUUCCCCUUGAAGACUCUAUGGCGGUCCUUCUUCUGUGCCCUAAUGGCAGCCUUCGUGCUGCGGUCUAUCAACCCCUUCGGCAACGACCAUCUGGUCAUGUUUUAUGUUGAGUAUCAUGAACCCUGGUACAUCCAGGAGCUGGUGGCAUUCAUCAUCAUUGGGGCACUUUCGGGGUAAGGUCUGUAUGGAAGCUUUUUCAUCAAGUUCAACAUUAUGUGGUGCCGUUAUAGAAAAACCUCAUCGCUGGGAACCUACCCUAUUAUUGAGGUUCUCAUAGUGACGUUCAUCACCGCCUUGCUCAGCUACCCAAACUCCUAUACCAGAAUGAACACGAGUGAGCUGAUCAAGAUGCUAGUGAGCAGCUGUGGGCCUGAGGACAGUUUGGAGUUAUGUGACUACCAUCGUAACUUCACCCAGUCGAAGCCUUUCAUUGGCAGCGCUGUAGCAGGAGAGGGCGUCAUGACAGCAUUGUGGAAGCUGUCACUAGCGCUCAUUUUUAAAUCUCUCAUCACAAUAUGGACUUUUGGUCUCAAGGUCCCGUGUGGUCUCUUCAUACCCAGCAUGGCCGUAGGUGCAAUCAUGGGGCGUCUAAUCGGCAUCGGUGUCGAACAGCUUGUCCUAGCUAACCAAGACAGCCCUAUUUUUGCCAACAUGUGUGACUCGGAGCAGACGUGCACUGUGACACCAGGACUGUACGCCAUGGUGGGUGCUGCGGCAGCACUGGGAGGGGUCACCAGGAUGACAGUGUCCCUGGUGGUCAUCAUGUUUGAGUUGACCGGUGGUCUGCAGUACAUCGUGCCCAUCAUGGCCGCUGCCAUCACCAGCAAGUGGGUCGGAGAUGCUCUGGGCAAGGAGGGAAUUUACGAUGCUCACAUUCGACUGAAUGGCUACCCAUACUUGGACAGUAAAGAGGAAUUUACACAUACAACAAUAGCAGCAGAUGUCAUGAGACCCAGAAGGAAUGAUCCCCCGAUGUGCGCCAUUACACAAGACACAAUGACGGUGGAUGAAGUUGAGCAUGUAUUGCGGAAUACAGAACACUAUGGUUUCCCCGUGGUUGUGUCCAGGGAGUCACAGUACCUGGUCGGCUUCGUACUACGUCGAGAUCUCAACCUGGCCAUCACUAACGCCAGGAAGAACACAGAAGGCGUCGUCAGUAACUCCAUGGUGUACUUCACCGGCCAUGUACCUGCCAACCCUCAUGGCCCUGCACCACUAAAACUGAGGAAAAUACUGGACAUGGCUCCAGUGACAAUUACAGACCAGACUCCGAUGGAGACGGUUGUCGAGAUGUUCCGGAAGCUGGGUCUCCGUCAAACACUCGUUACACAUAAUGGUCGUUUAUUGGGAAUAAUAACUAAGAAGGAUGUGCUUCGUCAUAUCGCACAGCUGGAGAAUCAGGACCCAGAAUCUAUUCUCUUCAAUUAAGCCAGACAGAGUUGUCUCCCCUUCAUCAUAUCAACCUAUGAAUGAGUUCUCAGACACCUACAAGUGGCUGUGUGUUGCAUGUUUCAAAUAACAAGAUGAUGUGACCAUAACCCCUCAGAAAUUGUGCCCUUUAUGAUGAAACAAGGAGGAAUUUUCAAUGGAAGUCAGAUCUGAUUCACUUGUCAACAUCACAAGACGUGUCACAUUGCUGAUGCGAAAAUGUUCAUCGCUUUAAGUGCUAACAAAAUGUGGGUGAGAUCUUCAUCAUUAUUGUUUGCAAAGCCAAGUCAUAAUUUACAUUGAAAUAAUCCUGAGUUUUGUCAAGGGCUACUCUUGUGGCAAACGUUGCAUAUUAAGUCAUGCUUGCAGGAUGCUGCAUGUGUUGCCAAGUCCGUUAAACAACUAUAUUCUGUUGCUUAAUGCUCAGAUGCAUGGUUGGAGUUCCUAUUGCAUUUUCACAGGAUAUCGGAUGUACAUUUUCUUCAAAGAUUUCCGAGUGUACAUGUGAUAUGUAUGUAUGCUGUUUUCUAGAGUGUGUUUGGUGUUAUAGUUUACAGUCGACAGGAAAAUAGGAAUGUGGUAUCCUGAGGAGAGAAAGUAUUUUCUGAUGAGGAAAGUCAUGGUCUGCUUCUGAUUGAGGAAUAUUUGUCCACACUGCAAAGGAUUCACAUCAAGGUGGUUGACAUUCCUAAUAAGGCUCUUCAGGAAGUACAGAACAGGCAGUUGUCUGCUCAACAGGAAGUCGUCUGCUCACCAAGAAGCUGUCUGCUUCACAUCAAACCUGAUUGAAGAAGGAUCUCAAGCAAAACCAUUGGGUUAAACUUUUGUUGGAAGUCAUCACAAAUGACAGAGUGUACUGAGUUUAUGGAUGAUAUUGAUGACCAUUGAUGUCUGGUCUGCCAUGGAAAACGAAUAAUCUCUUAUGACUGUUGUUCCUUAAUGGUAGUUGUUCAAAUUUAGCUGAUUUUGUUUGUAUAUGACUGGAGGCUUGUAUCAAACCCAAAUUGAUGAAUUUAUUGAAUGAAUUCUGAAAUUCCCUGAACCAUGUUUAUAUAUAUGUCAGUGCUAAUGGAUGAUGUGAGUGAUGUUGUAGUGUUGAUUGUUUAAUAUCUAGCCAGUUUGUUCUUAAUCUAUUAACAAUGAAUCUUCGGUAUCUUAUUCUCCAGAUAUGUAUUUCGAGGCAUUAACAACCAUGAAGCCACCGUGAGAUAGGCUAUGAGCACAGCCAUGUAGAGACCAAAUACUUUCCCAAGGAUUGGGGUUUGUUGCAACUGUCGUGAAAGGAUAAUCUUUUUAUUUUGCUAACAAUGAUUUCAUUUAUGAUGUCAGCACAUGUAUCAUCAGUUGAUCAAAGCUGCACUGCCUGUCACUGAACAUUAUCAAAGUUAGCUCAUUCAGGUUUGUAGACAGUGUUUCAGGAGGAACUCUUUUUAUGGAUAGACAAGUUCUUUUUUGCAAUAGAUCAAGCAUAACAGUGUUAGGAUCUAUACCGAGAUAUUGCAUCUAUUGCAGUCAAGAAAUUGUCUAUCCAUAAAAAGUGUUCCUCUUCAUCAUACCAGCUUCUAUAUGCCACUUAAAGAAGUGUUCUUCGGGUUUGGAUAAAGGUAAAAGCAUUUCCCAGACUUGCCGAUUUGGUUGACAUAUGUCAUCGUAUCACAGUUGUGUAGAUGCUCAUGAUGUCAAGCACUGGAUUGUUUGGUCCAUUUCAGACCGCCGUCCUAUAGCUUGAAUAUUGCUGAGUUCUGAAUUGUUUCUCAGGCAUCAGCGUGGCAGAUCAGUCUGUUAAUAUCUUUGUUUAAAAGUGAAUGUUUCUAUUCCAGCAUAGAUUAAUUUUUGACAAAAUGAUUCCAUCUCUAGACAUUUUAGAAAAGGUUUAAAAAGGUUAAUAAAAUGAUGGUACGAAAACCGAAAAUACCGAUUUCUGGGAUUGCAUCACGGUAUACCGAACCGAAGGCAAAAUACCGCGGUUUUACUGAUACCAUGGUAUACCGUUUCACCCCUAUUUUCUACCGGUAAGUUAGAAUUGAUUUUGAAGGUUUAUACAGGGAUACUGCCUCAUACAUGUUUUCGCUUUAUCAAUGGCGAUAUACGAUAUCACUAUUCAUGAAUGUAUAUCAAAAUAAACACACUCAGAUCUUGUUAAUA